UGCUGCUUGAUACACUAUUUUCUAUUGCAACUUCUGAAAAUAAAUGAAUAUUUUAUUCACUGGAAAUUGUUGGUUCAGUUCCCAGAAACCCAUUUCUCCAAAACCCAGAAAUCCAUCUUCUCUAAUCUGUGAAAUUUGUUAUAAGUCUUCACCAGAAUAACUUUACAAAGAUUCGUGGCUCAAACGAUUUUUCAACUCACUCAGAAUUUGUGGCUCAAACGAUUGAUCUUCAUCGUCAUCCUCUCUAUUUUCAUUAAGACAGCCAAGUUUUGAGUUAGCUGGAAAAUGAGGGGGCGUUGGUUUGUUGGUGAUGAUAUUCCUAUGAAUAUACUAAGCCGUUUGUCCACAAAAACAUUGCAUUUCUUCAAACUGGUUUCUAAAGAUUGGUUCAAUCUCAUCUCGGACCGCUCAUUUGCCAAACUUCAGCUGAAAAGAUCCGAACCCGUCUCUGGUUUUUUCUUCCAAGAGGUAUUUGAGUGGAGUGAUGAUGCAGAUGUUGAGGAUAUUAACUACAUUCCUAUUGCUGGGGAGGAAGUGAAUGUGUGUCAAACUGUCUUGGAUUUUCUCCCUGAUAAUGUAGUCAUUUUGUCGCUCAACAACGGCCUUAUUUGUUGUCGAACCACAUUCCCUAACUCCCACCCCAUGAUCUAUGUCUGCAACCCUUUGAGCAAGCAAUGGGCUAGUUUAAUGUGGCCCGGUCUGCCCAAAAUCUGCAGCAUAGCUUUAGCUUUUGACCCUUUCCGAGACUCCAUGGAUUUUACGCUCAUUGCAUUGAGGAUUGAGGUGGUAGAGACACACGGAGGAGAAGUUGCUGAUGAAGAAGGUUAUGAGACAGAUGAAGAAGAGGAGUAUUGUUUCUCCUUCCACAUAUACUCGUCUAAAAAUCGUUCGUGGAGGGAAUCAAAUGAGUCUUGCAAGUGCAGCCACACGGUCACUAAAAACAAGGGAGUUCUCGUGGAUGGGGAUAUGUAUUGGCUGAUUGAUCAUGCCUAUGGAGUUCUUAUGUUUGAUCAUCACAACGAGCUGUCUUGUUUGGUUUCUGCCCCUAUUCCACCACGAGAGUUCACUUACACCCCUGAAAUGUGUAUAGGAGAAUCCCAAGGGAAGUUGAACUAUGUUAUGAUCUCGGAAUAUGGGCUGCAGCUGUGGGUUCUUGAGGAUCACUUUGCAUCAAAGUGGGAUUUGAAGUUUUGUGUUUCUUUAGAUGAGUUGGAGAGGGAGAACUUAACUGUGUUGUUCAAUUUGGAGGAGAAAAUACAACGCCAAUCUUCCAGAAUGGUUAAUGGAUGGAAGGAUCCUUCGGAGGUGGAUCCUUUGGCUUUCAAAGAUGGAGUAAUGCUUGUACGUGUUGCAACGUCGUUCUACUUAUACGAGUUUGGUAAGGGGAAGAUGAAGAAGUUAUGCGAUGUUUCGACUCUAGGGCCAAAAGCCGUGUUCUCUCCCAUCGUCGUGCCAUAUACUAUGAGUUUGGCUCCAGUUGAGUAGGCAUUACUAUUUAAGAAGGCUAGUUGUUAAUGUUAUUCUAUGCAAAAGUAUUUUGUAGUAGAAGACUUCUUAUUUUGUAGAUGGAUUAUUUAGUGAUUUUGUCGGUUGAAUGCUUAUGUUCGUGGAAAGAUUUUAAUGAUCUUACAA